AUGGAGUAUCUGCAGAAAUAUAUGGAGGAUUUAGAACACUUACCACCACACUUACGGCAGGAAUUUGAAAUUAUGCGUGAUCUUGAUCAAAAAGUUCAAGAUAUUAUUCGUCAAACACAACAGCGUACAACCUAUUUAUUUGAACAUGCAAAUGAAAUGACUAAAGAAGAAAGAAAAGCACAUAUUGAACAAAUACAAAAUUUAUUUAAAAAAGGCAAAGAAAUCAGUAAUGAUAAAGUGUCUAGAGCUGAAAGUGCCUAUGAAUUAGUUGAUAAACAAAUACGUCGACUUGAUGCUGAUAUGUUUGAAUUUAAGAAAGCAUUAGCUGAGAAAGAGUCAAAGAAAGUGAAGAAAUCAAGAGCGAAGCAAGCACAAGAACCGGUAGCCUCUCCUAAAAUACCAGCCACUGCAGCAUUGGCUUUAGCAUUGACAAAUAAUCCUAGAGAGGUGUUAGAUAUGCCAGUUGAUCCGAAUGAGCCCACCUAUUGUAUAUGUCAACAAGUAUCCUAUGGUGAAAUGGUAGCCUGUGAUAAUCAUGACUGUCCAAUUGAAUGGUUCCAUUUUGAUUGUGUUGGCUUAGUGAAUAAACCACGUGGUCAAUGGUAUUGUCCUCAAUGUAUAGCUCAAGGAUUCCCUGUGAAAAAAGAUGACUGA